AUGGGUAAGGCACAGCCAUCCCCGUACGAAAUUCUCGGCGUGGCUCCGAACGCCUCUCGGGCAGAAAUCCGCGCUGCGUUCUUUCGGGCCGCGCGUGUGUGUCAUCCCGAUAAACAGCAGCAGCUCCAGAGACGGAGUGAACAGGACGGCUGCCCAUUGCUGUGUGAAGCCGACGCCCAAAGUUCCAAACCAGAUCCAAAAAGCGCCGUCUCGGAUGGUUGGUCGGCCGAUGGCAGGUUGCCAUCACUUUCCCCAGAUAGCGUAGGCGACCCUUCGGGAAUUCAGAGACGCAAGGACGACAGGGCCGAUGCCCACGUCGUAUCCGAGGAGACAGAGAAUGCACCUCGGUCACAGAGACUUGAACAGCUAGGGAGGAAAACCGACGGGCUGCCAGUCGAGAACACCUUGAGUUCGAAAGGGGCUGCAUCUCGGGACUUCGUUACUCUAAAGCAGGCAUUUGACGCGCUGCAACUGACCGAGACGCGCCAGGAGGUCGACCAAGCCCUUCUUCGGAGAGAGCUCGCGCAUGCCACUCGCGUCCGUUUUUCCGACCUCCAGUGGCUCGACGAAGACCUCUGUUUUUUUGCUUGUCGAUGCGGCGAGGAUAUUCCCCUCGACGCUUGCGACUUGGAAACCAGAAGAUGCGCGCGGAGAAAAAGCAAGACCUCUCCACGUGGGCCCUCUUCUGCCUCGUCUGGGGCUGAAGAGUCGGGGCUGUCGACGUCUCGUGACGGAGGAAGUGCACGGAGUGCCCCUGUCCUUCCAUGCGUGGCGGGAGGAGCGAAUAGGCUUUCUACAGAGAGGCCGGCCACGGGCGGUGAAGGAGAAGAAAGUGCGAACUUUGACGAGAAAGCACAGCGAAAGAGACGAGAGGACGGAGAGACAGGGCGUGAUGAGAAUGGCGGGGGAAAACGGGAGGGAAAAAGGGAGAACGGAGCUGGGGUGGAGGAUGAGGUGCUAAUCGAAGUUUCUUGUGAAAGCUGCUCGCUAACAAUCUGCGUAGUCGAUGCUUAG